GGCAACCCUGGUUGAGACGUCGUUUGAGGUCCGCCAUUUUACCUGCAGCUUGGUCACUGGCGCUAUUAAAAGCCUCAUCAUUAUCAUCCUCAUCAUCAGAUUGGAUGCAGCUGCGCUUAAAAAUGGCUGGGUCGCAAAAGAAAGAGACGAUGAAGUGUGUGAGCCAUGAGCAGGCCUGCAAACUGCUUCACAACAAGUUUAUUGUUGUACUGGGAGACUCAAUUCAGCGGUCUGUAUACAAAGACCUUGUUCUGCUGCUUCAGAGGGAUAAAUAUUUGACAGUCCAGCAAUUGAAGAGCAAGGGUCAAAUGAGCUUCGAGCAGGACUGCCUCAUAGAGGGGGGACGUCUUGGUCAAAUGCAUAAUGGGACACAGUACCGGGAGGUUAGACAGUUUAAGUCUGCCCACCACCUGGUCCGUUUUUAUUUUGUGACCCGAAUCUACUCCAGCUACAUGAAAAGCCUCCUGGAUGAUUUCCGUCAUGGUUUGAAACCAGAUGUCGUCAUUGUAAACUCCUGCGUGUGGGAUGUAUCAAGAUACAACUCGAGUUGGAUUAGCACCUAUAAGGACAACCUUAUCUCCUUUUUUGACCAGUUGAGUGAGAUUCUGCCCGAGGAAACUUUGGUCAUGUGGAGUCUCACCAUGCCCUUGGCUGAGAAGAUCAGAGGAGGUUUUCUUGUCCCUGAGAUCGAGCACAAGGCCCCCCACCUGCGAUAUGAUGUUGUGGAAGCGAACUUCUUCAGCGCAACCCUGGCUGACGCGUAUGGAUUGGAUGUAUUGGACUUUCACUUUCAGUUCCGCUCCUCUAUGCACCAUCGAAUGAAGGAUGGUGUCCAUUGGAACGCUGUUGCCCACCGCAAGAUAACCUCCCUGUUGUUACAGCAUGCUGCACAGGCCUGGGGUGUCUGUAUGCCCUGUCCAGUGACCACUGUAGAAAAUACCGAGGUUACUGUUAAGCAGCCAGUCUGGAAGAAUCCUUCCGACCAUGCAGAGAGAAAUCCAUUGAUGAGAAACUACAAUUGCAACGAUUCCAUCCGUUUUUCACACUUCUUGAACUUUGAGGACAACCACCGGCAGAGACAGUGGCAUGACACAGCUGGAACCUUCAGAUCUGCCUGGCCACCACAGCCUUACUUUCCGGUGCACAGCCACAAAAAUAAUCAUGGACACAAUGGAAAUGGCUUCAACUACAGACCUUACCACCACCAUCCUGAGCCUAACAAUGAUCACCACCAUCAGUAUGUGAUGAGGAGUCGACACCGCAGACGCCAUGCUCCAUACAGUCAUCACAGACCCCAUCAGUAUGCUCACUACGACGGUUACUACUGAGGUGUUUUCACAAUAGUUCAGGCUUGUGAGAAGACUGUAGGUCGCAGGAGAUUAGUAGUUGUUUAGAUGUUUCCACACUGAGGUUCUUAAGCAAAAUCUUCAUACUAGUCUAGUUCAUGCCCCCAACGUCCUGAGAAGUUCACACAUGGGUAGACUUUAUUUUUUUCUUAUGCCAUUUGCUACGUGUUCCUCGUUUGAAAUUGCAAUGUUGGUUCUUUGGCAAGAAUGAUUUUAGAAGUGUUCCCAUUUGAAGGCAUCUUAAUUCUGCACUUAAAUGUAUAUGGUGCUUUGUCCCUUUUUUAACACGAGUUCAAAUUCCUUAAUUGGGUUAUUAAAAAUCAGUUUAGUUAUUUUAAUAAUCAAUGUUCUGAGUGGUCUGAUCCCAAACAAGGCACAGAGUGCUAAGAUUUUUUUCCUUAAUGUCUAAAUUGGAUGUUUGCUCAAACCAGUGUUUACAAUGUUUAGAAUGCUAACAGUUAGUAGCAGAUUAGUCUUUUUGACAUCAUGAGACUGAAUCUGCAUGUAGUUAUCUAAUGUACAAUAUAGAUGCAGAAGUGGUUGUGAACCUUGCUACAUGAUUGACCAUUUCUACAACCAAGCCUGGCAUGAACCCUUGUUAGACUAAAUGUUAGAAUGGUUUCUUAAUGUCAAUAUCACAUUAAACCAACACAGACACAUUA